CGGGGCUCAGCCGGGCUCCCCGCGCCCAGACGGCAGCUGGGCUCCGCCGGUAACCCUGACCCGGGCUGCCGCGGCGCGGGUAAGGCGGCAGCCCAGGCAUGGUGGACUGGGACCCGGCCGCGCAGGAGGGCUUUCCUGGGCUUUCGUGAGCGGCCUACUGCGUGUUCCCAGCCCCCCCUCCCGGCCCCUUCCCCGUCCCCCCGGCUCGGGUGGGGGCUUUUUCCCGCUUCCCGUCUUUCUUUCCGCCCCUAUGGAGCAGCUACCCCCGCCGCCCGACCAUGCCUAGGAAAGCGGGGAAUGGGCAGCUCCCUUUACCCGAUGGCUGGGAGGAGGCGAGGGAUUACGACGGCAAAGUCUUCUACAUCGACCACAACACCAAGCAGACCAGCUGGAUUGACCCCCGGGACAGGUUAACAAAACCCUUGUCAUUUGCGGAUUGUGUUGGGGAUGAACUGCCGUGGGGAUGGGAAGCUGCGUAUGAUCCUCAGAUUGGUGUAUACUAUAUUGAUCACAUCAACCAAACAACACAAAUAGAAGAUCCCAGGAAACAAUGGAGGCAAGAACAAGAGAGGAUGUUAAAAGAUUAUCUUAUGGUAGCCCAGGAUGCUCUGAGUACUCAGAAAGAGCUGUACCAGGUGAAGGAGCAGAGGCUGGCACUUGCACUGGAUGAGUAUGUACGGUUGAAUGAUGCCUACAAAGAAAAAUCAAGCUCUCGUACAAGCUUAUUCUCAGGCUCCUCAUCAAGUACAAAGUAUGACCCUGAUAUUUUGAAGGCUGAAAUCUCCACUACAAGAUUAAGGGUUAAGAAGCUGAAGAGGGAACUCUCUCAGAUGAAGCAAGAGCUGCUGUACAAGGAACAGGGCUUUGAAACACUGCAACAAAUUGACCAAAAAAUGUCUGGAGGUCAGAGCGGGUAUGAACUGUGUGAGGCCAAAGCCAUCCUGAGUGAACUGAAGUCCAUCAGAAAGGCAAUAAGUUCAGGGGAGAGAGAAAAACAAGAUUUAAUGAAGAGUCUUGCAAAGCUAAGAGAGAAAUUCCAUCUUGACCAGACCAUUGGAACAUCUCAGCCAGACUUGAGUUCCAGCUCUGUAAACUCCCAGCUGUGUUUUUCUAGACAAACUCUGGAUACAGGGUCUCAGACUGACAUUUCUGUUGAGGUUGGAGCAAGAAAUAGAUCAAAUUUAGCAGAGAAGGUCAGAUUAAGUCUUCAAUAUGAAGAAGCAAAGAGAAGCAUGGCUAACUUGAAGAUUGAACUCUCUAAGCUAGAUAGUGAAGCCUGGCCUGGGGCAUUGGAUGUGGAAAAGGAAAAACUGAUGUUAAUCAAUGAAAAAGAAGAGCUUUUAAAGGAACUCCAGUUUAUUACACCAUGCAAACGUACUCAAGAUGAGCUAGAGCAGCUAGAAGCAGAAAGGAAGAGGCUUGAAGAAGAGCUGCUCUCUGUAAAAAGCACACCCAGUCAAGCACUUGCUGAAAGGUUGAAAUUGGAGGAGAGAAGAAAAGAGUUGGUACAGAAACUUGAAGAAACUACAAAGCUAACUACGUAUUUGCAUUCACAGCUUAGGAGCCUCUCAGCUAGUACGUUAUCUGUGUCUUCAGGGAGCAGUUUGGGAUCCCUGGCAUCCAGCCGAGGAUCUCUGAACACAUCAAGCAGAGGGUCGCUGAACUCGCUCAGCUCCACAGAUCUCUACUAUAACCAAGGCGAUCAAAUAACAGAUUUGGACUACCAGUAUAAACUUGACUUCAUAUUGCAAGAAAAGAGUGGUUACAUUCCUUCGGGACCUAUCACUACUAUUCAUGAAAAUGAAGUGGUCAGUUCCCAUGGGAGACUGGGUUACAGUGAUUCUCCUUCAGCUGCAGACCAUCCAAAAUUGACUGAACCUCCCAAAUCUGUGACAUCACUGUCUUCCAGAUCCUCUCUGUCCUCCUUGUCCCCGCCAGGCUCCCCAUUGGUUUUAGAAGCUGCAUUUUCAGUGUCAGCUCAAAAUUCCCCUCUGCAUCACCUCACUGCUGACUUUGAAGACUCUGACCUUUUGGGUGAUUUUGCAGGCAUUAGUCUCUGUGAGAGCCAAAUAUUAUUGGACUCUGAAGCCAGCACAGGAUCUCAGAUUCCUCCAGAUGAUAAAGAUCUUAAUGAAGGCGUUAGGCAGCCUCUGCCUUCUCUACAUGAAGGAAGUUCAGGUGAUGACUUCCCACGGAGAACAGGUAGUCACCUGCUGGAGGAGAAGACAGCCUGUGUAUCGGCUGCCGUGUCCGAUGAGUCUGUAGCUGGAGAUAGUGGUGUAUAUGAAGCUUCUGUGAAACAACCAAAUGAAACUGAGGACAUUGUAUAUAGUGAAGAUGAUGCAACAACUCUAGAGGCUGCCCAGGUACAAAUAGGACUCAGAUACGUCCACGGCAAUUCAAGUUUUGUGAUAAUCAUAGCACAGCUCAGAAAUCUUCCAGUGUUUUCGGUCCCCCUUGGCUCUAAAGUGUAUAUUAGACUUGCAGUACUUCCAUCCUCAACUGACAUCAGCUGUCUGUUCCGCACAAAAGUUCAUCCAGCCACGGAAACCAUCUUAUUCAACGAGAUAUUCAGAGUAGCGAUUUCCCAAGUAACACUGCUACAGAAGACGCUGAGAGUAGAUGUUUGUGCUGUCAGUAGAAGUCGUCGGGAAGAAUGCUUGGCUGGGACUCAGAUCAGUCUGGCAGAUUUAUCAUUUUCUCAUGAGACUUGUACUCUUUGGUACAACCUGUUGCCUUGCAGGCAGAUUGCCAGCAAAAAAAAACGGGAAAAAAAUGAAGAAUCCAUGUUUCUGUUAAGCAAGCGGGCAUCGGACUUACUGGACUUGGAUGCUGUGUCAGCUCUGCUGGAAAGGACAUCGGCUGAGCUGGAAGCAGUAGAACAAGAGCUGGCUGAAGAUGAGGAGGAGGAGGAACAUGACCGAAGGGGCUCUGAGGAAGACUGGUUAGAAAUGCUCGCAGAAGCCUCUGAUGAAAUUGUGGAUGAAGAGGAAGAUGACAUUAAGCUGGUAGUAGAAGACAACUGUACUGAUGACAUGGGGUUACUCACUGAUGCACCAGAAGCAAAUGAAGACCAGGACAGGGAGAAGAGUGAUGAGGCCCUUCAAAGCCACCAAGCUUCUUUAAUACUAACACUGGUUGAUAAAGAGACUAACACUGAGGAAUCUGUUAAUGAGAACGCAACAGUCCGACCCAAGGACAGAGCCAGCUGGAGCUCAAGACAGCGUCCUUUUGUCAGGAACAGCAUGAUAGUGCGCUCACAAACCUUCUCUCCAGGCGAGCGGAACCAAUACAUCUGUAGGUUGAAUCGAAGUGACAGCGACAGCUCCACACUAGCCAAAAAGUCUCUCUUUGUGAGGAAUGCCACAGAACGGCGGAGCCUACGAGUUAAACGGCCUGUUUGCCAACCAAUCAUGCGAAGAGCUACACAAGAGUGCCCCGUACGCACUUCUCUUGACUUGGAGUUGGACCUCCAGGCGUCACGCACAAGACAGAAUCGCCUGAAUGAUGAGCUUCAGGCCUUGCGGGAUCUUAAACAAAAGCUUGAGGAAAUGAAAGGUAGAGGAGAGACAGACCUUCCCCUGUGUGUGCUAGAGGAUGAACAAUUCCAGAAACUCUUGAAACAAGCUGAAAAACAGGCUGAGCAGUCAAAAGAAGAACAGAAACAAGGUUUAAGUGCUGAGAAACUGAUGAGGAAAGCUUCUAAGGAUGUAUGUCGGCUACGGGAGCAGAGCCAGAAAGUGCCGCUGCAGGUGCAGUCAUUCAGGGAGAAGAUAGCAUACUUCACAAGAGCAAAGAUCAGUAUACCAGCCCUCCCAGCAGAUGAUGUGUAAUUGAUUGUGAUGAUGCAUUUUCAUGGAAGCGUUUUUCUACUUGCUCAUCUCUUUUCAGAUGAACUUCGUAGUUCCAGUGACCUGCUUUUGAAGAUCUUCUAUUUUACGCUCACUAUUGAUGUGUUUCGUUGUAAAAUAUGAUGAAUUGAAUUGUUGUAUGCUUAAAAAAUGGCAAAAAUACCAACCACCGGAAAACCAAAGUAGACUAAUUUUGGUAUACUGAUGCUGAUUUUGUACAGUUUGUAUGUAUUGCAUGUGUGUUUUUAUUUUGUAAAGAUGGAACAAAGGCAGUACCAAGCAUGUAUACUGUUGAACUGCACUGUGUUGAGAAAUAUUACGUUCAACAGAAGAUUAUCUUUAUUUUCCUGUCAGCAGACUGUGAAGAUGGCUGUUUUGCCAUGCAAUAUUUUUGUACGAGAGUGUGACUUUUAUAGUUUAAAGUUAACCACAAGUGAAAGCUCCUUUCCAAAAUACCAAGGCUGCCUCACAACAGCUGCUAAUCAAGAUUCAGCACUCACACUGGAAUUUUGUUUCUGAAAACAGAUUUUUCUGGUUUUGUUUUCAAAUGCUUUGUAGGAAGCUACGGAGUUCAGAGUUUAGUUUUGUGAAUGGACAGUACUUUAACCUGCACUGAAAGGUUUCUUGUACCUGUAGGAGAGUGGGCCAGGCAAGUAACACUAAAAACUUGUGAAACUACCAAAAAGGGGCAGCUGCUUUCUGAACUGAAGGGUGAAGCAGAUUCAUAGCACCAACAUUGAAAUUGGAAUAGUUAUAACCACUGUACACUUAAAAAUGAGAGAUUCUCUAUGUUAAUCUUUUGUCCUAGUGGCUGUCUUGUUGCCAGCUAGGAAUGCAUAAAAGUGUUUGUUAGGUUUACAAAUAGGAAGAUGUUUUCAUUGAAGUAUUUGUACCAGAAGAAAAAUCUGUCACAUAGUAACUCAGAUAUCAGAAGCCUUGCUGGAAAGGUAAACCCUUUCUGAAAAGAGUUCCUGACUAGAAGUCUUCACAUAUUUUGGUACCAUAAAGUAACAUUUUUUUCGAAAUACACGGUUGACCCUGUGUGCAGCUGAGGGUGCACGGGUUUCAUAAAUAGAUGUGAAUGGCACGUUUCAGAUUUCUCUUACAUGCUAAGGAGAAGCAUCAACUUGGAUAUAUUUUGUUAGAAGUCCAGAACAUCGGGUGCAGGUGUUGAAGCGGCCCUGUCUUGCUGAAGCAGUUGGGCUCUUCUGUGGGUACCGUUUAAGUAGGUGGACAUUGCAGAUAACAGGAUUAUUUUGUUUUCCACUUAAUAUGUUGCACUCAGAUGUAUUUAAUUAAUUGGCGGAAGUUUUCUUCCCCAAGCAACAAGCCAUGUACAUACGGACUUCAUCUUUCAAAAAGGCUAUGAUUACUUGGUGAGAAAAUGGAAGCAAAUAUAACCACAAUAUGGUAGCAGCUGUCUCAAAUUCAAAGUGACAAUUCUGUGAGGAGAGGUCUGUGUAACACCCAAGGGUUUUCUUAUGCACAAAUAUAUCAGUUCACUUAAGUGUAUAGACAAACAUGCUACUUUCGGAAAGAUAACUGAUUGAACAUCCUUUGUGAAUGCCCCAUUUGUUUUUCAUUCCUGAGGUUUGAGAUUACAUUCAUGUUUGAAAGGUCAAUUUAAAAAAAAAUCUGCAAUUAUUUAUGUAGAGGUGAAAUGAAGGUUGACAGUUUCAACUUCUCAAUUUGAUUAUGUAAGUUGUUUGUAGAAUGAUGUUUAGAGGUGUACUUUAUGAUUUUUCUUUUAUUUAUUUACAGUCUUAUUUAUGUUCUGUUUAAUAUAGUUCAGUUCUGGCCAUAAAAAUAUUUGACAUGGAGGAUGCUAUUGUGAAAAAUAUUUAGAGCUAAACAAAUUAUUGCCAGGUUAGCUAUAUUUAAAAAAAAAGUAUUGCAUUCUGAUUUGUAAGGAUAAGGUGAGGUUGAAAUUUCAGUAUCGCUGGCUUUAGCUUGCAAAACUCAUUUAAAAAUGAGACUUAAGCAUAUUCAUGUUCCUUGUUUUCCAAAUUGGUCAAGCUGAACAUAUUUACAGGCAGCUUUUAACAAUUUGGGGGUUAGCGUUUUGGGGGUUUUUUACUAAUACAGAUUACUCACACUUGAAACACUCAAUAGAAUAAGCUAAAAUAAUACAUACAAAUAAACCCCCAUCAGUUUAAAAUUAUACAUAUUUCUCUUGAAUUGGAAUUUACUCUGCACAGCAGGGGAAAAUGAAUGUAAUUAGUUCUAGUUCCAGGUACCAAUGUCACUGCAGUUGCAUAUAUCAAAGUCUAAAUACUACUGGUACAAGCAUAUUUAGCCAAUGAGCAAAGUUCAGCAGAAAUUGUAAUAGAAUACAAAUCAAAUAAUUUUAAGGUUUUGGGUUUUUUUUACUAUUGCUAUGUUUAUUCUAUAUUAAAUAUCAAAUGCUCAGGACUGAACUAAAUAUUUAAUCAGGUUAUAUUCUGAAUGUGUUUCUGUUCUAAUUUUGUCUGUAAAAGUAUGCAACUACAUCACAUAGAUUAACUUGUCUCUGCACUUUCCAUGUGUUUCAGUGAUUGGAAAAUACAUUUUUUAACAAA